GAGCCGGGCGGGGGCCGGUGCGGCGGACGAGCAUGCGCCGUGGCGCCCGGCGCAGCCUUUAUCUCGGGCGGAGGUAGCGCUGUCGGCUCCGCAUUGCAGACGGGCGCUGGCGUGAUGGCGGGGCGGCUCGUCUGCCUCCUCGGGCUCCUGGCGGCCGCUGUGGCAAGCCCUGUUUUGUGGCAGAAGGACUGUGUGAAGGGUCCAGAGGUAUGGUGUCAGAGUGUUCGGACAGCAUCACAGUGUGGAGCGGUGAAACACUGCCAGCAGAAUGUCUGGAACAAGCCUACCGUAAACAGUAUCCCCUGUGACUUAUGUAAGGAACUUGUGACAGUAGCUGGCAAGGUUUUGAAGGAUAAUGGCACUGAGGAUGAGAUCCGCUCUUACUUGGAAAAGACAUGUGAGUUUCUUCCUGACCAAGGCCUGGUCUCUGAGUGCAAAGAAAUUGUGGAUUCAUACCUACCCGUUAUCAUGGAUAUGAUUAAAGAAGAGCUAGAUAAACCUGAAGUUGUAUGUAGUGCCCUUGCGCUGUGUCAAUCCCUCCAGAAGCACCUUGCAGCAGUGAAACUUCAGAAACAACUCCAGUCAAAUAAGAUACCAGAGCUGGAUUUCUCUGAACUGGCAUCCCCAUUCAUGGCUAAUGUGCCUCUUCUCCUUUACCCUCAGGACAAGCCCAAGCAGAAGUCAAAGGGAAGUGGGGAUGUAUGCCAAGAUUGCAUUAAGCUGGUUACUGAUGUUCAGGAAGCUGUGAGGACAAACUCAUCUUUUGUAAAGUCUUUGGUUGCUCAUGCUAAGGAGGAGUGUGACCGUUUGGGACCUGAAAUGUCUGAUAUGUGCAAGAACUAUAUCUCUGAAUAUUCUGACUUGGCUAUCCAAAUGAUGAUGCACUUGCAACCAAAGGACAUUUGUGCCAUGGUUGGGUUCUGUUCUUCUGUGAAAUCUGUUCCCCUUCGGACUCUGGUACCAGCACAAGUGGUUCAUGAAGUAAAAAUGGAAACAGUGGAGAAAGCCUCAGUUCAAGAGAAAGCUCUUUCCUUGUGUGAGAUAUGUGAGACCAUGGUGAAAGAAGUGACUGGCCUUUUGGAGAGCAACAAGACGGAGGAGGAGAUUGUACAUGAAAUGGAAGUGGUCUGCUACCUGUUCCCAGCAAGUGUCAAGGACCAGUGUAAGGACUUCAUUGAUGUCUAUGGCCAGGCUUUGGUCGACAUGCUCUUGGAGGCAACAAAUCCUGAAGCUGUGUGUGUUAUGCUGAAAUGCUGUGCUGCCAACAAGCCUCCUCCACCACCACCAGUUGUAGUGAGACCUGCAGGUGGCUUCUGUGAUAUCUGCAAGAUGGUGGUAGCUUAUGCAGACAAAGAACUAGAGAAGAAUGCCACAACAGCUGAAAUUGAAGCUUUACUGGAAAAAGUCUGUCACUUCCUGCCAGAGUCUGUCAGUGAUCAGUGCGUUCAGUUUGUGGAUCAGUAUGAACCCAUGGUUGUGCAACUCUUGGCGGAAAUGAUGGAUCCCACUUUCGUUUGCACUAAACUUGGAGUCUGCGGAUCAGCUAAGCAGCCUCUCCUGGGGGAUGAUGCUUGUGUUUGGGGUCCAGGUUACUGGUGUAAGAACAUGGAGACUGCUGCUCAGUGCAAUGCUGUUGAUCACUGCAAACGUCAUGUGUGGAACUAGAAGAAGAAUUUCCAGUUCUGAAAGUUUGCCAUGGCUCUUAAAAAUUUGGGCCGAGGUUGGCGGAGAGCUGUAUCUCAAAUGUCCCUCCUCUCUGCCUCAUUAAUAAUUUGACCUUCAAGUUCUUUUAUUGUAACUCUUCUGUAGCAGUGCUGCUGUUGAAGGAUCAGAUCUUCAUUGUCAACUUAACAAAGAUAUUUUUGAUUGUACAGUUUAACUCAUUAUGCUCCUAAAAAAUAGUCAGUGUGUUGUAGUUUUUUAAUUGAUAGGCUGAAGUGUUUUUUAGGUGCUGGAAAGAAUGGCAGAGAAAGUGAAAUGAGACAAGGCUAUAAUCUUUAAAUUCAAAAAAAGAACAAGAUGGUGACUAAAUUUUAAUGUCUUUCUGUAGUCAGCAUUGGGAAGAUUACAUGCUUUGCAUUUUUAA